UCCAGCCAUCCUUUCAGGAGCCCCCUGUCACCAUGUCCACCUAUAACCCCCUGGAGAAGUUUGAAGUGCCUCCUCCAUCACAGAAAACUAGGAAGUACCCAUACAACAAGGAAGAGGUUGUGUUUGUGGGAGACAUGAAGAGGCCCAGAGUCACUUCCAUGGGAGUUCUUCCUUCCAGGCAAAGUACUGAAGUGGAAGGUCUGGCUGUUCUGAUGGAAGGCAAGCCUGCCGUCCCUCCACUGAGGGAGAUCUCUCUGCCUGCUCCCACACCAACCACAGAGGUCACCAUCGAGCCCAAGUAUGAGUUUAUGGAGUCCACAGAAGAAGGAACCACGGAGACCCCUAUCGGCAAACCUGGUACCAAACCAGCCAUCGCCAGUGCAGCUGGCACAACAGGACCAGUACCAUUCUCAGCCAGAUCCAAACCACCUGCCAGACCCAAGUCUAUAGCCAGCGGCAGCCCCACACCGAGACCUCCAAAAUCACCUCCCAAAACUCCAGACAAAGGAGCCAAGCUGCGGAGGAAGACUGUGGCUAAGAGUGGUACAAGCAAGACAACAAGUAUGAAGUCCUCCACCACGGCCAGGUCCUCCCCACAACGGACACCUACAAGGGCAAAGGUCAUCGGAGAGUCAGAUGAGGAAGAUGAAGCAGACAGUUCUUCAGAAGAGGAAGAGCUGCUGACGCUGAGGAGCAAACCCCAGUCCAGGGUGGGGUUUGCGGAUGAUGUUGUGAUGGAGGGGGAGCCGUCCCCACUCCCCAGGAGGAGGGUCACCCCCAGGGUCAGGUCUGGCGAAGAGGAGAAGAUCAAACCAGGCAGUGCAGAUUCUGCAACAUCCCAGAAGUCCAUGAAGGAGUUGCUGGCUGAAGCUGAAGCGCUGGCCUCUCCUGGGACCGAACCACUCUACAAGGCCAGGAGGGGGUCGGGCAGGUCCAAAUCUACAGAGGAGGAGAAAAAAGCAGAAACACCUGAAAAGGCUGAGCGAUCUGUGGAUGAGAUUAUUGCCACCUUAAGAGCCACCUCUAAGGGCGGAAGAGCUGCACCAGUGAAGACCGAGGCUGACAGGAAGAUCCAGGAGAUCAUGGAGCGGGUGAUGGCUCGAGCCAGCGCCGUGCUGAGUGAGCUGGGAGUGGAGACAACACUCACCAAGGAUGCUGAGGAGGAACAGGGGGAACAAACACAGGAAGUAGAUGAAGGAGAGAGUGAGGAUGAGGAGGAAGGAGAGAGUGAGGGAGAAAUGGAGGAACCAGAAGAAGGGGAAGAGGAGAAAAAGUUGGUCCCCACCAUUGAAGUUGCUGAGCCCACCCCCAUGGCAGGUGCUGAUGCCAGGUCCCCCCUCCCCCCUCCCCCUCCGUUUGUGAGCACUGAAGUCAGCACAGCAGCCCCAUCAGUUAGCGAGGUCAGCUUUCCUGAGCUCAGGGUGGAGGAACAAGCACCAGACGAAAUCUCACCCGCAGAACUAGCUCAGGCCUGGAAGGAUUUCACAGCGCCGGUAGAGGUGACCCACGAGGAUGUGGUGAACAUGGAGGGACUUCCUGUGGAGCUGUCGGAGAAAUGGAGCGUGUUGGACGUCAGACCUGCCCAGGUCACCGUCCCCACCCGCCCUGUCCUGCCACUCACACAGUCUGUAUCCUUCUCAGCACUCAGGGCACCACAGGAGGACACAGCACCAAAGGAGGUCCAGCCCAGAGUGCGUGACAGCUCCCACACCAUCCACCACUUCUGCACGUCUGUCCCAGCGGCAGUCCUGCCCCCCCACCUCAGGAACAUCAGCAGGUUUCACCACACCUGGUCCAAGUUCUUCCAGCCAGAGUACUACUCAGACGAGACGUUGAGUGAGACAUCAGAAGACAGCGGUGUGGCGCCGUCCGUCACUACUACUGUACGUGAUGCGGAUAAUGCCGACAGGAUCGAGGCCGCAGCACAGCGGGUGAUGGAGAAACUUCAGCCAUCACAACAACCUCUGGACCUGGAGGGGUGGAAGGCUCUGGCACAGGAGAUGCUCGAGGGACCAGAUCUAUCUAUUGACGGGACAAAGAUGGACAUCAAAGAAGACAUCUCAAGGCUGUACUGGACCCCUGCCCCGCCCAAACUGGACCUGCCCCCGUCCUACAUCCGUAGCCGGGUGUGUCCUGACUACAUCCCCGAGGUGACGGCAGGAACCAUCAGUCCUGAGAAGAGCAGUCUGAUGGAGUUCUCUGAGGAGGAGACUGAGGAGGAGGAGGAAGAGGAGGAGGAGGAGGACCCAGAGGAGAGGCUGCAGAGAGAAAGACUGCUGAGACACAAACACCCGUCUGCGACGGACCUGACGAAGCUCGCCCGCCUGCAGCUGGAGUGGGAUCUGCGGGGAGGCCAGCCGUCCCCGGAGAGGGCCGAAGAGUCGCUCGCACCAACGCCAGCCUCCGGGCUGACUACCAAGACUAGGGAUGAAGAGGUAUCAGAGGCCUCCUUUACUUCAGAAAUGUUCUACAUGAAGACUCGGGAGUUGGACGACGAUGAGAUCUUCACCCCUGCGGUGGUGAGACGGAGAAGGGCCCAGUCCGCCCCUCAGCUGUACGAGGAGGGGGAGGAGACGUUCUCUGCCCCUGCGGACUUUGACACCAGCAUCAAGGAGCUGAAGUACCAGGCACAGAAGAUAUCGGAGCUGAAGGCCUCCAGAGGGCUGGCUCCUGCUAAGGUCUCAGAGGAAGAGGCAGCAGACACAGCAGCUUUACCUACCACCUCAGUCAGCUCCCCUGGGAAGGAGCUGGUACAGCAGAAAUCGUUCAUCAUCAAACCCCCCAAACCCACUCCUGCCGAGCUGGCCCGGGAGGCGGGGAUGAAGUACAUCAUCUACCCAAAGAAGAAGAAGAAGAAACCUGGCAAGAAGACCAUUGGGUUGGAGAAGGCACUGGAGAUACAGAAGGAGCUGCUGACCACACACCAUACUCUGAAGAGGUCCACAUCCCUCCCCAAGCUGGACAUGCCGGUGGAGCGAAUGCUGCGUGUACCUCCACACGUCAGAUCCGGGACCCGCGGAAGUGUCGCCAACAUUCCCACCUUUCUGCAGUAUUCCAGUGAUAGAAAGAUGCCUGGCAAUGCGGAUGUAAGGGAAUGGGUACGGGACAUCUGGAACGAAUGGUUCGAUGAAGUGUUCCCAUCCAGUGAGGACGGCUGGUCUGAUAUGUCCAGUGUGGUCAGUGAGCUGGACACAGAAAGGAAGCCUACCACAGCACCCGCCAUCACUGCUGAUGCUAUAGAGAGUAUAGAGCCAAUAGGAGAAAACGAGGAAGACAGAGAACUAGUAGAAGCACUUCAGGAUGAAGCCAGACAACUCACAGAGAGAAUAGAGAGGGAAGGAGAGACGGCGUUUGACUUGUGCCGGAGGGGAGCGAUAAACCGCAAGCUGGGGCUGCUGAAGAAGGCAGAGUAUGACCUGAGUAAGGCGAUACUCCUUGAGCCAAAGCUGUUGGAUGCCUACUGGCACAGACACCUGCUCAUGCUGGUGCAGGAGAAGCCAGCUGCUGCUAUUGAGGACUUGAACUUCAUACUAAAGCAUAACAAGAAACACGUGGGUGCGUACCGGUCCCGGGCGGAAGUGUACAGGAAGCAGGACGACUACACGUCAGCCAUCGUGAACUACACACAGGCCAUCAAGCUCCAGCCGGAUGAUCAUGAGGCUUAUUAUUACAGAGCUGAGAUGUAUGAGAAGAAGGGAGACAUGUUGCUGGCGCUGGAGGACUUUGCCCAGGCGACCCGCCUCAUGCCCAGCCGCACGGAGGCCGUCAUGAAGCACGGCCUCUACUACUUCAACAACGGGAACUGGAUCGGAGCUGUCAACGACUUCACAGCCCUGCUGCAGCAGGAACCCAACAACGCCAUAGCCAGGACGUACCGUGGGAGGGCGUACGCUCAACAGGGACACUACAGCAGUGCUGUUGAGGACCUGUCUGCAGCGAUCCAUCUGGACCCCAACAAUGCCAUAGCGUUCUACCACCGGGGGUGUCUCCUGAGGAAGGUGCACCCGAAGAAGGCUCUGCAGGACUUAAGUGUCUCCAUUCUGCUGGACGACUCAGAAGACAACGUCAAGGCCAUCCUCCACAGGGGCAUACUGUAUACUGACAUGGAGAGGUGGACAGAUGCCAUCUCAGACUUCGAGCACGCCCUGAAGCUGGACAGGAACCUGGCGUGCGCCCACGUCAACCUGGGCCUCAUCUUCCUGCACCAGCUGGAGAACUACUUCAAGGCCAUCGGCCGCUUCACGCAGGCCAUCAAAACUGACCCCACCUACAUCAGGGCCUACAUCUGUAGGUCAGAGGCCUACCACAAAAUACACAAGAGAAAGCAGGCCCUACUGGACAUCACCCGUGCCAUCCACCUGCGGCCGGACGUCCAGCAUUACUACAUGCGGCGUGGUCAGCUCCUGCUGCAGAUGAAGAACCUGGAACUGGCCAGCUUCUGUGUCCGGCACGCCUCCGAGCUGAAGGAUGGUCUGGGGGCAUCGUCUACUCAGCAGGCCGUGGUGCAGUCCUUCCUGAAGCAGCAUGACAAGGCUGUGGAGACCAUGGCUCAGGCCUGUAGGGUCAAGCCUUCUCCACAGAUGUACACACUGCUGGGCAAAACUCAGAUGAAGGCCAAGCAGUUUGAGGAGGCUGUUGGGACAUACAAGCGUGCUAUCCAGCUGCUUACUCCCUGGCAGGCAAAACAACCCAUGCCCUGGGAGGCAGCAGAGGUGUACUAUUACCUGGGCCUGUCUCACCUGGAGCUGUUCCAGUACAUGGAUGCACUAGAGGCCUUCAACAAUGCUCUAAAGGUGAACCCCUCCUAUGCUGAAGCAUACUACCAGCGAGGUCUGACCAGAUUAAGGCUGAAGCAGUCAAAGGGGAUCCAGGACUUCAACAGGGCGCUGGCGCUGGAUCCUUAUAUCUUCCAGGCUUUCCUGAGCCGUGCGGCGUACUACGGUAUGAAGGGACGUUACACCAAGGCCAUUAUGAACUGUAAUGAGGCCAUUAAACUCCAGCCUAACAGUGUCAGGGCGUAUCUCUACAGAGGUGCGCUGAAGUACUACGUGAAGACCUACAAGCUUGCAGUGAAGGACCUGUCUAAGGCUGCCUCCAUCGACCGCACCUGCUCAUUAGCAUACUUCAACCGGGCGGUCUGCUACCACGAGAUGAAGGACUUUGAGAAGGCCCUGCAGGAUUAUGGGAUAGUUCUGCUGCUGGAGGAGAAAAAUCUCAAGGUGCUGAUCAACCGAGGCCUGCUGUACUUCGAGCAGAAGGACUACAGGAAUGCUCUACAAGACUUCAUGGCAGCAUCCCAGGUUGAUGUAAAAGACCCGAAGCUGUGCCACACAGUUGGUCUGUGUCGUCACAAGUUGGACAAGUUGGAGAAUGCUGUGGACAGUUUCUCCCAGGCCAUCCAGGUCGACCCCUUCUUCAUUGACGCGUACAUUGGCAGGGGGAAUGUUUACAUGGACUACGGACAUGAGGAAGGGAUCAUCAUGGCGAGGAAAGACUAUGAACAUGCUCUCAGACUGGAUCCUACCAAUGUGGCGGCCAGAGUGAACCUGGCAUACAAUUUACAGGUCUUUGGGAAGUUCAUGCAGGCGUGGAGACAGUUCACUGCCGCGGUGGACAUGUCGCCCAAGUUCAAACCUGCUCUGGAGGGACGUGCCGUGGUGAACCUCCAGAUGAGCAACACGUACGCAGCCUGGGUGGACAUCAACAAUGCCGUCAAGAUAGGACCAUCAGCAGAACUGUACACAAACAGGGGUGUCAUCAACCAGUUCAUGGAUGAUUACACCAACGCCAUCAAGGACUACAAGUCUGCCCUGCAGCUGGACCCAACCUUCUCCCUCGCCUACUUCAAUGCUGCUAACCUGUACUUCCACAUGAGGCAGUUCCUACAGGCAAAGGACUUCUUUGACAAGGCUGUUCAGUGUAACCCUAAGGACGAGUCUGCCCAUCUCAACAGAGCCAUCACAAAGGUGAUGUUGAAAGACACCAAAGGUGCCCUUGAAGAUUUCAAGAUGGCCGCCCAGCUCAGUCCCUACUCGGCCCACGUGUACUUCAACAGGGGGAACCUGUACGCUGGCCUGAAACAGUAUGACAAGGCUGAGAAGGACUACACACAGGCCCUGUCCCUGCAGCCUGAUGACGCGCUGGUGUACAAGCGGAGAGCGGACGUACGCGGGAAGCUGUCCCGUACACAGGACGCCAUCCAGGACUACAGGAGAGCCGUGGAGAUCCAGGCCAGGAUGCAGAGGAUGAACGUGCACUAACAACUGUCCUGACCUCUACAGAUCUGCACUGAUCUGAACUUCUCCUGUUGAAAUGCACAUGAAUUGAUCAUAUGCAAUGCACUGCUCUUUAUCAUUUGUACAAUAGAGGUCUAUAUUCUGGAAUCAGAAGAUCCUCUUUAACAUUUUUGUGCCUUGAAAUGGUGAAGGUGUAAAGAAAAUUGUACAAAGUGACUUUUUGAAGAAUUCUGCCGUUGUACAGUAAUGUGUUGGGUGUGUAUCCAUCAGAACUAGAUGAAUUGUACAUCAGCUAGUAAAAGAUUUUUUUAUCCCACAUCUUGUACUUCAGGUGUUUGCCUGUGUAAAAAUAAACUGGUUCAUCACUGUAAAUAGAAGACUGUAUAGUGAGGUGGAGUUCUAUGCAAUUGUUACACUACGAGUGUUGUAGCAUAAAUACAAGCCACUGUUUGAAUUCUGGAAUAAAAGCACUAACAU